AUGAGCCCUAAAGAAAGGAAGGUUCCACCAAGCCUUGAGGGACUUGACUACGACAUCUACUUCUAUUCAGACUCAUACGCAUACACUCCAGAGACACUACCUACCGCUCGUCGCAUCUAUCAACUCGGUUAUGGGCUAGCUGUGCUAGUGAGUCUGUUGUUGAAUUUUCUCGUCGCAACUGUGCUUGACUCGGUCAACUACAUCCAUGCCAUUACCCUCAGAUGGACGCUCUUCCACGAGGAGCGACUAAAUUUCAAUUCAAAUAAUCGCUUAUUCACGGCUUCGAAGUCCCAUGGGCCAAACAGCUGGUACUUCAACGUGAUUUCUGGCACAGGGUUGGUGAUUUCACACGGCUCACUAUCUUGUAUGCUGGCGGAUGUGACCGUUGAAAAUGAAGAUCCGCAGAUAUCGGACAAUCUCUUGUCAACCAAAAGCUUCGUUGAAUUAAACGCUCUAGCGGUCACUGCCUUAGGAUUAGGGCUUCUCCUUCAAGUCUGCGUGUCAACUUACAGCCUAUUAUGCAGUAGCGGAGUUUUGACAUGGAGCAACAACCUUCUUGCCAAUGCACAGGCUAUAGCGAGAUCUCAGAAAUAUCAAAGGCAGAAUUGUGCAAAAUUCCCAAGUCGCACAUUACAGGACUCGAUGCUCAAUGUAGCGCCAAAAGUUCGACCGGUCCGUUAUCUUGUAUGGGGCUUUUUUGGACUAUUCGCGGCUUGGUCCCUUGGACAGGGUAUCUAUACCGGGCUCUAUCAGGAACAAACUCUGCUAGAUCUUGACGCUCGCUGGCCUAAAGACGCGCUGGAGUAUUGGAAAUUCUACGGAACCAUGUGGUUUGACCCCCGCACGACAAUAAACCCCAGCGCAUCCUGGAUAACAUUACUUGUUCAGAUCAUAUUGCAGUCGUUCCUCGCUCUGGCCCUACACUGUCUGGAGCUGCAGUUCAAUCUAUUCAGUGACGAAGCCGUGUGGCAUAGUAUGGAAACAGUUGGAUCAAAACCCAACCCUUCGAUUCUCUCCAGUUUCAUCCGGCAGGGGCUGUUCUUGUCAGUCAUCAAAGCUAUACUUCACUGGAUAUUUGGAUAUGCAUUCUUCUCAAAUCUAACAAUCAACAUUGCGCUAUUGCCAAUAAUCGCUUUGAUGGCUGCCUUUAUGCUCCUGGUGGCCUUGACGGAAUAUAUGAUGAAUAUAAGAUCCAAAGGCAGGAUUCCUGCAACUUAUGGAAACUUUGAAAAGGUUUUGGAGUUGGUAGACGACUGGAGUCAUGAAAAGCUGUUCUGGGGUGAUAAGGGGGACCUUCUUCUUGGGCUGCGACGCGCAGGCACAGCCGGGGAAAAGUUACCAGAGUUGCAUCCGAAUAUCCUCUACUGCUGUCCCCAAGCGAGUGAGUUGGAAAAUGGGAGUAUCAUUUCGCCAGCCAAGAUGGAUCCUGAGAAGGGAUGUGACCGCGACUCCGACAGGAUUAAACGCAACUAG